UCUUUGCAGAAGCACCAUGACGACUGGGACCCUGUACACAUAUCCUGAAAACUGGAGGGCCUUCAAGGCCCUCAUUGCUGCUCAGUAUAGCGGGGCUCAGGUCCAUGUGCUGUCCGCACCACCCCACUUCCACUUUGGCCAAACCAACCGCAUGCCUGAAUUUCUCUGCAAAUUUCCUGCUGGCAAGUUUCCAGCAUUUGAGGGUGACGGUGGGUUCUGUGUAUUUGAAAGCAAUGCCAUUACCUACUACGUGAACAAUGAGGAGCUGCGGGGAAGUACACCCGAAGCAGCAGCCUUGGUGGCGCAGUGGGUGAGCUUUGCUGAUAGCGGUAGAGUGCCCCCAGCCAGUGCCUGGGUGUUCCCCAUCAUGGGCAUCACGCACCACAACAAGCAGGCCGCUCAGAAUGCAAAGGAGGAAGUGAGGCGAAUUCUGGGGUUGCUGGAUGCUCACUUGAAGACAAGGAUCCCUCCGCUCACCUGCCCAAGAGUACCUUUGUGUUGGGUGACGGCAAGGACUCCAACAAGGACACACUGCCUGUGGCACUGCCAUAUUUCUGGGAGCACUUUGAUGAGGAUGGCUAGUCCCUGUGAUACUCAGAGUAUCGUUUCCCUGAAGAGCUCACUCGGAUCUUCGUGAGCUGCAAUCUCAUCACUGGAAUGUUCUAGCGACUGGACAAGCUGAGGAAGAAUGCCUUUGCCAGUGUCAUCCUCUUUGGAACCAACAGUAGCAGCCCCAUUUCUAGAGCCUGGGUCUUCUGAGGCCAGGAGCUUGCCUUUCUGCUGAGUCCAAAUUGGCAGGUAGACUAUGAAUCAUACACCUGGCAGAAACUGGACACUGGCAGUGAGGAGACGUAGAUGCUGGUUAGAGAGUACUUUUCCUGGGAGGGGGCCUUCCAGCAUGUUGGCCAAGCUUUCAAUCAG